CCUGCAACGUCGGCGGCGCCGGGCGGGACCGGCACCGGCACCGGGACCGGGAUCGGGAUCGGGAUCGGGAUCGGGAUAACGAACGGGGCCGGCGGCGCCCCGAUUACCGGCCCCGCGGCUCCCCCGGGCUGAGGAAGCGGAGGCCGGAGCGCUGGCCGGAACCCGGCCAUGUUCUGAGCGAGGCUCCGCUGGGAUCCAGGUGUGGCUGAAGGCAUCGCCCUCCCCGCGGCCCUGCGGGCUCCCGAAUCAUGGCAAGUCCAAGAACAAGGAAAGUUCUCAAGGAAGUCAGAGCACAAGAUGAGAACAAUGUCUGUUUUGAAUGUGGUGCAUUUAACCCCCAGUGGGUGAGUGUGACCUAUGGAAUUUGGAUCUGUCUUGAGUGCUCAGGAAAACACCGAGGCUUGGGAGUUCACCUCAGUUUUGUACGUUCUGUAACCAUGGACAAGUGGAAGGAUAUUGAGCUGGAGAAAAUGAAGGCUGGAGGUAACAGCAAAUUUCGACAGUUCUUAGAGUCUCAAGAUGACUAUGAUCCCUGCUGGACAAUGCAAGAGAAGUACAACAGCAAAGCUGCAGCUCUCUUCAGAGACCAGGUAGCUACAGUGGCUGAAGGCAAGGAGUGGUCUAUUGAAACUUCUCCUGCCAGAAACUGGACCCCACCUCAGCCUAAAAUGCCUCUCUCUUCCACUCACCGAAGUUCUGCUGGACAAUCUCACACUGCAACUGCCUCUUCUGACAAGGCUUUUGAAGACUGGUUAAAUGAUGAUGUCAGCUCCUACCAAGGUGGCCAAGAGAAUCGCUACGUGGGGUUUGGAAACACAGUAAACCCUCCAAAAAAAGAGGAUGACUUCCUGAAUAAUGCUAUGUCUUCAUUGUACUCGGGAUGGAGCAGUUUCACAACUGGAGCAAGCAAAAUUGCCUCGGCUGCUAAAGAGGGUGCUACCAGAUUUGGAUCUCAAGCAAGUCAAAAGUUUUGGGGCUACAAGCAGCAGCCAGAGCCGGCAUCAGAGUUAGGUCAGACAUUAAAUGAAAAUGUUCUCAAACCUGCACAGGAAAAGGUGAAAGAGGGGAAAAUAUUUGAGGAGGUCACCAUGGGGGUAUCGCAGUUGGCCAGCAAGGUUCAGGGAGUUGGAAGUAAGGGAUGGCGAGACGUCACCACUUUUUUUUCAGGCAAACCAGAUGAUAAUUCUGAAAGACCAGCUGAGGGAGACAGCUACCAGAACAGUGGAGGGGAGGGCUACCAGAACAAUACUGUAGAUCAAAGCUUCUGGGAGACCUUUGGCAACUCAGAUCCACCAAAAGCUCAUAAAUCUCCAAGCAGUGAGAGCUGGACCUAUGUGGACAAUUCCACAGAGAAGAAGAGCUCCGACAGCUGGGACGUGUGGGGCUCGGGAACGGUCUCCAACAAGAACAGUAACAGCGACAGUUGGGAAAAUUGGGAGACCAACUGGGAAAACGCAGGAGGGGAGAGCAAGACCAGGAAACCUCCUAAGGCAACAAAAAAUGCAUGGGAUGACUUUUAGAACUUUGUUAAACCCUGGUUUGCACAGCGAGGAGAGGGAGGCUGUGCUGGCUGAUGGAGGGGAGAAAGUUUUACACACAACUGGAGUAUCAUGGUUGACCUUACUGAUCUGUUACUUUUGUGCUUCCCAUUCAUUCUCCUUUCUUAUAUCCUGGUUUAGGGGAAAAAAAAGUAGCAUCUGAAUCUUUUAUCACAUCUGGCUCUCCCUUUUUUAAGGAUAGUGAUAACUGUCUUCUCCUUGCACUGUUGGCUAUAGUGACUUUCUUAACACGAAUGUUCAAAUGAAAAAAGUCAGUGCAAGGACACUUUCAUGGCACAACCUUGCAUGUAUAGGUUCAUAGGCAUUCAUCCAGUCCUCAUCUAAUUUGAGAUUUGAGGUGGUUAAUGCAAACAAAGGACAGGGUGUGACUUGAAAAGAUAGUUAUUAAAUGAGCAAACUGCAGUUGAAUAGAUCUAGCUGAAAUGCCUUAUGUAUUGCUCUGACUACAUUAAGUCUGGCAAUUCAAGAUGGUCUUUAAAGUAUUUUUUACUGGAGCUUUGUUUUUAAACUUUAUGACAUUAUUUUAUUUUUUUUUUUUUUAGUAUUUUAAAACUUAUUUUCUCCCCUUAGAAUUCAUAAGGAAUCUAGAGCUAGAUAAUUAUUUGUGUAAACUUACAGGUUUGACCUGAGCUAUCAAGGGAUAUCCAGAAUGGCUGUACUUGCCCUACUCAAUGGAUUAAGAGUUUACACUGUACAGCUCUGCUACACAGACAAAAAGCAAAGCUGAGGUGUUUUCCUUCCUCAUCUACACCCUGCCCCAGUUUGAGUAUUUUAUGUGGUCUGUUUUUUCUCUUUCUUCCUUCUACUCAUCUACUGUACUGAUUCUGAUAAAAAUGAAGUCUUUCUGCUGCUUGGCAGUGAAACAAAUUUAUAAAGAAGAUUCCAGCAAGACAAAAUGGGUGGAAAAUAUGAGAACACUGAGGGAAGAGCCUGGCAGCAAGCCCCUUUCAAGAUGAGUAGAUGUCUGGAUUUAAUAGUAAAAUUUAAUUUAAGCAGAUGUUUUCCAAACGAAUCUUUAAUGUGUCAAACUGUAUCUCUCUCUCUGUCAUGCAUUUCUCCACAUUUCCUGGAUCUUGUUAAAGAAACACUAUUUUGGAAACUUCAGAAACUCCUUGUCAGCAUUAAGGAAUGGAACAGAAGAUUCAGUUAUGUCUCAGUUUUGACCCAGCAAAUUGCUUUGCAUGACACAAACCAUAACUUCUGCAGAAGAACUGUGACUUUAACAGCAGAGGUGUCAUAGGCAUCCCAUUUUAUUUUUGGGGAUGGGUUGUAAAUGUACACUCAGCACGAAAACAAUCAGCUCGCUUGAAAACUUCAUGUUUUAUGUAGUCUGCUUUAUUGCCAGCAUGGAGUUCUUCCUGUGAACCCUGUAAAUCUUAAUACUUACCUAAAAAACCCUUUUCUUUUUAAAAUCAGUUAAUUUGUUCAACAACCAACCAGUGUUGUCAAAACUUAAAUAACGCAUCAUUUCUUUCCUCUUCAGAGAGGUUUUUGAGCUUAUGGUAAUAUCAAGAGUUUUAAAAGGAAGGAAAAUCAUGAACUCCUCAAAAGCAGCAGAUUUUAAAGGCUUAAGUCUAGGUAGAAGUAGCUGUAUUUAUAGCCUGGUUCUGUAUUUCUAUUAGUAGGAUCUUUCAGAUGGUGAACAGAGUAUUUUUUCUAGUCUUCUCUUGCCCUGUCCUGCAAGAACUGGGAUUUUUUUUUCCCCUCUUGCUUCUCCUGAGCUCGUGGUCUCUGAAGCUCCUGGUCUCUGAGCCCCUGCAGCGGGACCUGGAGCUGCUCAGGACCCAAGUGCUCCUCCAGGCUGAGCCAUUCCCAACACAUCCUUGCUGACACUGACCCUUUUGAAGUGCCAAAGGCACGAGAGAUCUGGGUUUACAAUUCUGCUCGUGGUACCAUUGGCAGAAGUUUACAGCCUGGCUGUAAAACGAGGAUUUUUUUCCUUCUUUUCUCCAGUUCCAAGUAUAACUUUGUCAUAGCUUAGUUGCAUGUCAAAUAUAACUUUGGGUUUUUUAUGCACACACCUCUGUUGCCUCCUUGUCACGUGUCUGCUGCCCAGUCCGAAGCUGAUUCAGCUUCCUUUGUACAAAUGUAUUACAGUUUCUCUUCCAUAAAUCUCCUGAAGUAGCUCGUGGCAGGAGAGGCCAUUCAAUCAACAGCAUUGUGGGGGGUUUGUGCACGUUCUCCUCAGCUGUGAGCUUUGCCCAGGAGAAAACUGGUUUAUUUAUGUAUCACUUGCAGCUACGGUUGGCAUGAGCCAUUUGUUUGUUCUUCUGAUUUUAUUUUUGUAGCUCUUGAAACUUUUAUGUUCCAAAUUAAACAGCCAGGGCCCUGCUCGAGCAGGAGCUUUGGAUAAUGAUUCUUCUAGUUGAGGAGACGGAGGCAGAAGUUUUGCUAUCUCUUUUUUUGAAGUGCUGCAGAGAAGCAACAAAAUGCUGCAACUUCCAGAAAGGUGUUACUGGAAGAUUAAAAGAACCCAUUAUGACAGCAGAAAGUGUAACUGCAGACACAAACUAUUAUGCCAGCUGGUCUCAGUUUGAGAGGCAAAUUGGUAUUUUGUAAUGACUUGUCAGAGUCUGAACAUUUUGAUCAUGUCUUCCAGAGGAGAGGACAAAAUGAGGGCGUUUUCUUUUACAAAGCCUCCGUUUUAUUGGAUUUUACUUUUCCUUAGAGUAGGUGGCUGGGAAUUUUCUGCAAUUCAAAGAAAUGCAUCCAAGCAAGUUGCAUGUGCGGAGCAAGUGUUUCUGAAUCAGAUUUGGUUUUUUAACUCCCCCUCCUCUCCCCAGAUCCUCCUUUUUUGGCCUGAUGAGGAGCACUGUAGCAGAGGCACUGAGUGCAGGCUGCUGGAGCUGAGGCUGCCUGUCUAAGUGAAGGUACAGCCAUGAAUCUGAGUGUGUGAUUUGUAAAAUGAUCUUGUCACCGUGUUCAGUGGGUGACCAGUGGGCUCUGCUUCCCUUUCAGUCCCACUCCUUGUUGUCACAAUUUGAAGUCAUACAAGCAAAUUGCCAGGAGAUGGUGCAGUAGGUGAAAAGGCUGCUGCAACAAUUGGACAUUGCAGUGGUGGUUCAAAUUUCCUGGUGUUCCAGACUUUUAUUUCUUUGUAUGGCUUUGUAUAACUUUGGAAAAUAUGGAGCAGCUGGAUUCCUACAGGUAAUCUGAUAAAAGAAAAAUUUCAAGACAUUCAAGCUAAGUGCCACUUGAAAAGAGUGAAAGUCUUGGAGAAUGCUCCCAAACCUAAUCCUAGCAGUUAGGGAUUAUUUUAAAAUGUUUCAUUUGUGUCUUUAAACCUGUUAGUAAUGAUUACAAUUCAAGAAGUGCUUGGCCAGCUCUCCCUCAUGGUUGGGACCUCAAGGAUAAUGCUGCUGCUUUUAUUUUCCAGGCCAGACUGUAACAUUCCAUGAGUUCAUAAUGUACUUGUCAGUGUAAUGGUCUGUGCAAUAAUUUAACAAGUGUAGAUAAAACCUUUGUUUAACCCAGGAUACAUUUAAAGAUACAGUGGUCCUCUUGGAGAGUAGCAGCCUACACAAGUAUUUCAGUUCUCACCUUACUUUGGGAAUAUUACAUUUCAGUGACCCAGUUAAAGGUUUGAGCAAUCAAUGAUUUAAACAGAAAUCAAGAAACAUUUAAAUGUCCAUUACUGGAGUUUGAUCCUAAUGGUUUAGUGGCCUCUAGUUGCAGAACCCCCUUUCAUUCUCAUGCCAGCAGAAACUUGGUCAGUAAUGGAGUACUGUAUCUUUAAUUUUCCUGCAGUGUUUUUUGUGAAGUUCACAGGAAUAUUGAUUUCAGUGAACACUAUUCAUUGUUCUGUAGAGUGGUUCUGGACUUGAACUGCAGUGUCAUCUUUUAAAGAGCAUUAUAAUAAAGCAAAGAGAUAUGGAGCA